CUGCACCACUGACGUUACAGUUCCGGUUCCACCUCGUAGCAGCAUUUUAGCUAAAACGGCGGCGGGAAAGUCGCUGAUACGAUCUUAACCUCAAAUCUACAAGAAAAUUAAGAGGACUGGAUUGUGAAGGACCGAGAAAUUACUGGCUGUUAUUGAUGGCUCAGUAGUCGAAAAUACGCUACCCAUAAACUAAGCUUCACCGUGUGGGAUUCAGCUAACAUGGCUAACGUCGGAAACCAACUACCAACGCAGGCCGUCAGCAAGCCUUCAUCAGGGAAACAUGGAAACGUAUUGCCCCUAUGGGGCAACGAAAAGACUAUGAACCUCAAUCCAAUGAUUCUAACAAAUGUGCUCUCCUCGCCGUAUUUCAAAGUUCAGCUGUAUGAAUUAAAGACCUACCACGAAGUUGUGGACGAAAUCUAUUUCAAGGUGACUCACAUUGAGCCCUGGGAAAAGGGAAGCAGAAAGACUGCAGGCCAGACCGGAAUGUGCGGAGGGGUGCGUGGAGUGGGCACGGGUGGCAUUGUAUCAACUGCUUUCUGUCUUCUUUACAAACUGUUUACUCUCAAGCUAACACGCAAACAGGUGAUGGGUCUCAUCACUCACACAGACUCCCCGUACAUCCGGGCACUUGGAUUCAUGUACAUAAGAUACACUCAGCCUCCAGCAGAUUUAUUAGACUGGUAUAAUGACUUCCUGGAUGAUGAGGAGGAGCUUGAUGUCAAAGCAGGUGGUGGCUGUGUCAUGACCAUUGGGGAGAUGCUGCGCUCCUAUCUGACCAAACUGGAAUGGUUCUCCACGCUGUUUCCCCGAAUCCCAGUGCCUGUUCAAAAGGCGAUUGAUCAGCAGAUGAAGGCAAGGCCCCGUAAGGUGGCCCAGAAGGAACCAGAGGAGGAAGCUGAUUUCACAGAAUCGGGAAGACAGGGGGAAAGACGACCCUCCAGGACACCAAGACGGACUCCGAGUCCCAAAAGGUCACCCAAGCGGUCGAGAAGCAGGAGCCACCACCGUGAGAAAGAACGCCACGGGCCUAGCUUUGAUCGGGAGCUGGAGAGAGAACGCGACCGCCAGAGGAAGGAGAGGGACGGGAGGGACAGAGACAGGGAGAGGGGGGACCGAGGGGACAGGGAAAGACGGAGAUCACGUAGCGCAGACAGGAACAGAGAACGUAAAAGAAGUCGCAGCGGCAGCAGAGAACGGAGGAGUGAACGCAGGGAGAAAGAAAGAGACGGAGGAGAUGACAGGAGCAGGAAGAAAGACAGGGAUCACCAUAAAGACAGAGUCACCGAGAAGGAAAGGUCCAGAGAUAGAAAGAGCAGGGCGGAGAAUGACGAACGGAGGCAUAAAGAAGAUAGGGACAGACACAGGGAAGAUAGGAAGGCCAAAAGGUCAAGUCGGAGCAGAAGCAGAGAAAGGAAGCAUAAAAGUGGGGCAGAGGAGAAGAGCAGGAAGAGGGAUCGCAGCCACAGCAGAGAGAGGGAUCGAGAGCGGGAUGGGGAGCGCUCUCACAAACGUAGUCGCAGCAAAGAGAAGGGUCGUCAUCAGAGAGAGUCCAGUAAUGAGCAUAGUAAACAUGGUGAACGGAGAAGAAGUCAGAGCCCUCAGUAAACUCAGCAAUGCUGCUUCUACUCCUGGGGUCCUCUUCCUUUUCUCUGCUCAGCUGUCUGGUCCGUCAUGUGCCCAAAGUGAAGGAGCAUUAGCAGGCAGGGUUAGCGUCAGGGGUCGUCUGCGGCCAAAAGUAACAUUGAUUCGCAUUUAUUUGCAGAUGUUUCACUUCCUGUUAGAACAUUGUUAGUCCUCAUUUAAAAUCUGUACAGUAGGAAAAACGACCUUUUAAUUUUGUAUGAUUCUUGUUUUGCUCCAAGAAGAAGUGGGUUUGUACAUACUGUCUAGAAUAUGUCUACACGCUGUUAUCGGACCGGGUUGGUUUUGAAGGUCCACCUCUGUACUGUCAGCAUAUACUGUACAUCAUAGCGGGUUUAUCAGUUCUAUUUUCACCCUUCAGAAACGCAGUAUGUACUUAUUUUGGAUCUCGGAUACAUGAGAAUGUGUGAUCAUAUACCAGCGGUUUGAAUCCAGAGGUGAACCUUCUCAGUUCUGUCCAUGACCGUUUGUAGACAGUCUGCUUGGAUCCUCUGAAGGGCGGACGGCAAAUGUGCAUUUUUACCACACACACCUGAUCCCUGCUUGUGUUGUGUUUGAGUUAUUGCUCUGUUGCAUUUUGUUUUCUUAAUAAAACCCUUUUACAAAUGA